UCAGUGCUUCAGUCGGAGGCAGUCCAACGUCUUUUCCUCAACAAGCUUAUAAAUGUGGCACUGGCCUGGCAUCAAAACCUCCCUGAGCCCCUCUCCCCCCCUCGCCGCUUCCUCCGCUGCUCUGUCCAUGCCAUUAAGAACACAAGGAGGAAGAUGGAGGACAAACACCUGGCACUGGCUGAGUUCAACCAGCUGUUUGGUUUCAAGGACAGGGAGCAGUGUGCCUACUACGCUGUGUUUGACGGCCAUGGAGGGGUGGACGCUGCCACCUACGCUGCCACGCACCUCCAUGUGGCCCUGAGUAGACAGGAGACCCUGCAGAGGGACCCCGUCACUGCCCUGAAACAAGCCUUCACACACACAGACCACAUGUUCAGGGGCAAAGCCAAGAGAGAGGUAUGAAGUG